AAUUUAACUACACACAUACUAUACUGUUGGUAAAGACAAGAGCUUUUCCAGUGCAUAUCACUCCAGUUCAUUCUGGGAGCUCAAUCCAGAUUUCUUCAAGAACAUGCCUGGAUUUUAGGAGCAUCCUGAGAAACUUUUUCACAGCAAGAUCAUCUUUUCAGCUGUACCAGAUUUGGCACAGUUCCCUAAGAAGUGUCACAUUUGGAUCAAGCAGAAUAGUGAAAACAAUGCCAGGCACUGUAAAGCUGCGCAGCGUCAAGAAAUUUGGACAAGAAAAUGACAGCUAUGAAUUUUCAGAUGAGGAAAAGAAUGACGAUUAUAUGACAAUGUCGUCGUCUAGCAAGGAUAAGAAGUCCAAAAAUGGCAAAAAAGAAGAAUCUGAAGAAUCUGCCAUUCGUGUUGGCUUCUUUCAACUGUUUCGCUUUGCCAGUGGCAGAGAGAUCUGUAUGAUGGUCUUGGGAAGUGUGUGCGCUGUUUUGCACGGCUCGGCCCAACCGCUGGUGCUGCUCGUGUUUGGCCUGCUGACCGACACCUUCAUCGCCUAUGACAUUGAGCUCAAUGAGCUUAAAGACCCAGAGAAAGAAUGUCGGAAUAACACCAUUCAGUGGCGAAACCUGACAGAAGAAGAAAACCUGUCUCUAAACAUGACCACAACAUGCGGGGUUUUGGACAUUGAAUAUGAAAUGACCAAUUUUGCCUAUUAUUAUGUUGGCAUCGGGGCGGCCGUUUUUGUUCUUGGAUACCUCCAAAUAUCUCUGUGGGUAACUGCGGCGGCACGUCAGAUUCAGAACAUCAGGAAGAUGUAUUUCAGAAAGGUCAUGAGGAUGGAAAUCGGUUGGUUUGACUGCACCUCUGUGGGAGAGCUCAACACACGCAUGUCUGAUGACAUCAACAAGAUAAAUGACGCUAUUGCGGAUCAGGUGGGGAUUUUCAUCCAGCGAUUCACCACAUUUGUGUGUGGUUUCCUCUUGGGCUUUUUGAGGGGCUGGAAGCUAACGCUGGUUAUUGUCUCAGUGUCUCCUCUGAUCGGGAUCGGAGCUGCUCUCAUGGCUCUGUUUGUGGCAAAACUAACAGGAAGGGAACUGCAGGCGUACGCUAAAGCAGGUGCAGUGGCCGAUGAGGUUUUGUCCUCUAUACGAACAGUGGCAGCAUUUGGCGGGGAAAGGAAAGAGGUGGAGAGGUAUGAUCGCAAUCUGAUCUCUGCCCAGCAAUGGGGCAUCAGGAAAGGUCUGAUAAUGGGCUUCUUCACAGGCUACAUGUGGUUUAUCAUCUUCCUCUGUUAUGCAUUGGCGUUCUGGUAUGGAUCCAGCCUAGUGCUAAAUAGUCAAGAGUACAGUCCAGGAACAUUACUACAGGUGUUUUUUGGAGUGCUCAUUGCUGCUAUAAAUCUGGGCCAAGCAUCUUCUUGUCUGGAGGCGUUUGCUGCUGGAAGAGGAGCUGCUACCAUUAUCUUUGAGACCAUAGAUCGCGAACCAGAGAUUGACUGUUUCUCUGAAGCUGGAUAUAAGUUAGAUAAAGUAAAGGGAGAUUUGGAGUUUCAUAAUGUGACAUUUCACUAUCCAUCCAGACCUGAAGUAAAGAUCUUAGAUCAGCUCAGUUUACAAGUCAAGUCAGGAGAAACAACGGCAUUUGUGGGUCCCAGUGGUGCUGGCAAGAGCACGACUGUCCAGCUCAUCCAACGCUUUUAUGAUCCGAAAGAAGGCAUGGUUACAUUAGAUGGUCAUGAUAUCCGAGGUCUGAACAUCCAAUGGCUUCGAUUUCUGAUUGGAAUUGUGGAACAGGAGCCGGUUCUGUUUGCGACCACCAUUGCUGAAAACAUUCGGUAUGGGCGGCCCGGGGUCUCGACCGAUGACAUUAUCAAUGCAGCCAAAGAGGCCAAUGCUUACAACUUCAUCAUGGACUUACCACAGAAAUUUGACACUUUGGUAGGCGAGGGUGGAGGCCAGAUGAGUGGCGGGCAGAAACAACGAAUCGCAAUAGCCCGAGCGCUGGUGAGGAAUCCCAGAAUCCUUCUCCUGGACAUGGCCACAUCUGCUCUGGACAAUGAGAGUGAAGCUGUCGUACAGGAGGCUUUGGACAAGGUCCGAUUGGGUCGCACCACCAUCUCUAUCGCUCACCGCUUAUCGACUAUAAAAAAUGCAGACGUGAUCGUGGGAUUUGAGCACGGCCGUGCUGUGGAACGUGGAAAACACGAUGAGCUGUUGGAAAGGAAAGGUGUCUACUUCACACUGGUUACUCUUCAGAGCCAAGGAGACAAAGCACUCAACCAGAAAGCCAAACAAGAAAUGGAGGAAGCUAUGAGCAGUGAUCCAGAUGCAGAGAAGAAGAGCCUCAAUAGAGCAGGAAGUUAUCGUAAGAGCUUGAGGGCCGCUGUUCACCAAAGAUCUCGAUCUCAGUUGUCAAACAUUAUACCAGAAUCCUCCAUGGCUAUUGCUGGAGAGUUGGGUCCUCGCUCGUACUCUGAAACCCGUGUUCCCGAUCUCAAGGACAUACUCCCUGAUGAUGAGGAGGUUGAACCAGCACCCGUGACCCGUAUACUCAAAUAUAACAUCCCUGAAUGGCCCUACAUGCUCUUUGGAAGCAUUGGAGCGGCUGUGAACGGAGGGGUGAACCCGGUAUAUUCUCUCCUCUUUAGUCAGAUCCUGGCGACCUUCUCUAUGCCUGAUCCUGUUGAGCAGAGGAGGGAAAUCGAUGGGAUCUGUCUGUUCUUUGUGUUUGUUGGUGUGAUUUCGUUUUUCACACAAAUGUUACAGGGUUAUUCAUUUUCUAAAUCUGGGGAGUUGCUAACUCGCCGAUUGAGGCGACUGGGUUUCCAUGCGAUGUUGGGUCAGGAGAUCGGUUGGUUUGAUGACCAUAAAAACAGCCCAGGUGCUCUGACCACAAGACUUGCCACAGACGCCUCACAAGUUCAAGGAGCCACAGGUUCUCAGAUCGGCAUGAUCGUGAAUUCUAUGACCAACAUCGGUGUGGCCAUUAUCAUCUCCUUUUACUUUAGCUGGAAGCUCACGCUGGUCAUCCUAUGCUUCUUGCCCUUCCUGGCUCUCUCUGGAGCAUUUCAGGCUAAGAUGCUCACCGGAUUCGCAAAGCAGGACAAAGAGGCCAUGGAGGUGGCAGGGCAGAUAUCCGGGGAGGCUUUGAAUAACAUCCGCACCAUCGCCGGCCUAGGGAAAGAGCGUGAUUUCGUGGACAUGUACGAGGCGCAGUUGGAAGCCCCGUACCGUGCGGCAAAAAAGAAGGCUAACGUUUAUGGCGUCUGUUACGGUUUUGCCCAGUGCGUGGUCUUUAUGGCAAAUUCUGCAUCCUAUCGGUUUGGUGGAUACCUGGUGCGCCAAGAGGGGCUACACUUCAGCAUGGUUUUCAGAGUGAUUUCAGCCAUCGUAACCAGUGGAACGGCUUUGGGUCGAGCCUCAUCAUAUACACCAGACUACGCCAAAGCCAAGAUCUCCGCUGCACGAUUCUUCAAGCUGCUCGACCGCGUUCCCAAAAUUAGCGUCUACAGCGAUGAAGGAGAAAAAUGGGAUAAUUUUAAAGGGGACAUUGAGUUCGUAGACUGCAAGUUCACGUACCCAUCCAGGCCAGAUAUUCAGGUUCUGAAUGGGUUGAAUGUAAGCGUCAAGCCCGGCCAAACUUUGGCCUUUGUGGGCAGCAGUGGUUGUGGUAAGAGCACCAGCGUUCAACUCCUGGAAAGAUUUUAUGAUCCAGAUAAAGGACACGUGCGCAUCGAUGGGCACGAAUCCAGUCGGAUCAACGCCGCUUUCCUCCGGUCUAAGAUCGGCAUCGUCUCCCAGGAGCCGAUUUUAUUUGACUGCAGUAUUGCUGAGAACAUCCGUUACGGAGAUAACCAGCGAGAGCUCAGUAUGGAUGAUGUCAUAUCAGCAGCCAAAAAGGCUCAGCUCCAUGAUUUUGUGAUGUCACUUCCUGAGAAAUACAACACUAACGUUGGUUCCCAAGGCUCCCAGCUUUCCCGGGGGCAAAAGCAACGCAUUGCCAUCGCUCGGGCGAUCAUACGAGACCCCAAAAUACUCUUGCUGGAUGAGGCCACUUCAGCACUGGACACUGAAAGUGAAAAGACUGUACAGGAAGCUUUGGAUAAAGCACGAGAAGGCAGAACUUGCAUCGUCAUUGCUCACCGGCUUUCUACAAUUCAGAACUCUGACAUCAUAGCUGUGAUGUCACGGGGCUACGUCAUCGAGAAGGGUACUCAUGACUACCUCAUGGGCCUUAAGGGAGCUUACUACAAACUCGUCACAACUGGAGCACCCAUCAGCUAGUCUCAUUUCUGAGGAUAUACAGGAUUCAGAAUCGACCAGGGGUGCGUUUCCCAAAAGCAACUGUGGUCGCAAGUUAUGUCGUUAACAAUAAAGUUCAAUGGUAAAAACGACCAUUAGUUAGCUAACGAUGCUUUUGGGAAACAUAUCCCAGAAUGAUGUACAUCUUCUAAUGAUAGACUAAUAUAUGCUAGAUUUGGUUGAUAAACCUUGCCUGUUUGGCACAGAAAUUUUUAUUUAAAUUUUGAGUAAAUCCUGUAAAAUUAUUUAAUUUAUAUCAUUAUUUUUCAGUAAAAUGAUUAUGUGAUCUGAAUGACUUUGUACUUGGCUUAUGUGAAUGAGGUUAUGCCAUUUACAAUUAACAGCUUGUUGAUGGAGUUACAAUUUAAAAACAUAAAUAUUUUUGGUAUACUUUAUGUACAUUAAAACACAAAGGAAUUAAAAUGUUUUUUAAAAUAAUAAAAUCGAAAUUAACAUCUAAAUCUGAAAACAAGGGAAUAUGUUACCCAAUCUAUGAAAAAUAUUUUUUUACUGUUUAAAACAUAAAAUCAUCCUACAUGAUGUAAAGAACAAUCUAUAAAGAAAAUAUACCCUUGAUAUCUUUAAUAUUGACUGAGUGAGGCCACAUCAAAAAUUGUAAUCAAACUUUUAUGCUCCUAAUCUCAUAGCUUGGAUUUGACAGACAGGGUCACAAAUUAAAAACAAGAACUUGCACGUUUGUAUUCAUUGCCAAAUGAAUGUAUUUAUGUAUUGUUGUGUAAAGCAUUUAUGAAUAAAACAAUACUCUUAGA